CUGGGACACCGCUAUUCGCAAGCUCUUAGUAUUCUUAGGCAUGGUUUUUUUCUAGGCUUCUAGAGUACUUCACAUCCAAUUCUCGUCCCCACAUCACGUUAUCCCUCUACGCGUUGUUGACGCGGUCGCGGCCCCUCCACGCGAUCCUAACACGACUUCCUCGAGACCAUACAACCACACUUCACAACUGCAAACACAUUCGCGCAAGAUGCGCGCCCAAUUCUCUUCUCUCCCGUGGGAAUUGCGCAAUCAGAUAUACGACCUCGCACUCGAUAGAACUCCGCGCAAUGUCGAAGUCGAAGUACGCGACGGCCGAGUCGUGUCGAAGACACCACCUCCAGCACUCCUCCACCUCAAUCGCGAGUCGCGCGACUUGGUCCUCAGCGUCUACAAACCAUGGCUUUCUCAAUUCGCAGGUACACCAGCCCAUACGCCAUAUGCUGCUCUGCUAGCAAGGUACCGCCCAUCGAAGACCCAUUGUGUUUCCUGCUUGGACGAUAUCUGCUUCGACAUGGAGCGCGAUACAUUGUUCUGCCGGAGCGUGUUUGUCUCGCCGCACGCUGCAGCCGGGUGGCCGGUAUUUCUCUUCGGUCGCAUAGAAGAGUCUUGUUUGAGGACCAUGACGGUCAAUAUUACGGGACAUUUGAGAUUCCCACUAGUCAUCGAGGCGCUGAGGAACGCAAAGAAUCUGAAAACUCUAUACUUCCUAGAUGUUAAUUCAGACGCGGCGAUUUUCAAAUCAGAGGCGAUCUCUGAUGGUCUGAAGAGGUGCGAAAAGAAGGACAAACUCGGGCCAAAGGUUAGAGGGCCGAAUUAUGUGGCUCCUCGCAUUGGGGCUGCGCCCACAUCAUGGUUCCUUCCCAAAUCUCGUCCAGAGCCCUCGAAGCGGCCAUCAUAUCGCAGAACUAGCAGUUGUGCCUCCGAUUCAGAAUCCGGAUGCGAAUUCGAACGCUUGACACCUGCGCCAAUCUGGACAACCUACAAGUAUCCACCGCGCUCUUCGCGCGUGCCGACUCGACCUUCAGAUAAUGUGCAAAUCAGACAGGAAUCGACUCCUCGAAAACGGAAAGCAGACAUGGCCUUUGAUAGCGACGGACCCAUGGUGACAGAGCGGGCCAAACGAAUGAAAAACUGGAUCAGGGCCCAGGAACGAAAUGAAGCGAAAGCCCGCUCUAUUCCCUCCCCACCAACCCAACCUUUGGACUCAGAGCAAACACACAUCUGGAUUAGAGCAGAUGAUCUAGCCCAGAUGAGCGAGGAGACUAAGCGCCAACUUGGGGUUGUACAGCGAGUCGCUUCGUCAACUGCUGGCGCUUCAUCAAGCUCUUCUCCAGCGUCGGAAGCUUCAAGCUCUGAUGUGCAAUCAGAAGCUUCGUCUUCCCGGCCUGCUUCUGAUGGGGGAUCUGUGCGUGACGACGACGACAAUUCGGAGGCAUCAGAUUCCGAAUCAGACGAUGGUGCUCAGGAUGAGGAGGCAGCUUCUCAGGAGCGCCCACCUAGACAGCUCCACGCACACCGCUUCAAUUUCGAUAUUAGCGCACCAGAGGUCCUAGUGGAAUGGGAAAAUUCCCCGGAGAUAGAGACCUGGGAAUGGGUGCCAAAAGCGGACUUGCUUCCGUCCAUACCAAUUAUGAUCGCGGCAUUCAUAGCCAAUAACCCCGCGCUCGAAACUGGGACGCCCGUCCGCUUCCAUGAACGGAACUCAGGCGUGGUCGGAUUCGACUUCCUUGUGGAGUUCGAGGGCUAUGCUGAAGAAAUCUAUUGGACCUGGGUACCAGAAACCAACAUGCAGACGAGAGUUCCGCACAUGGUCGAUCAAUGGAUGAUCGAGAACGCAUCCGAAGUCAAUGCAGAUGAGAACGUCGACGAGCAAAUCUUGGCCGAACAGAACUACGCUGAAAAUGUACGAGUUGAAAAUAAUGACGAGGUGAAAGCAGAAGAGGAAGAUGAAAAGGACGAGGAAGCACAUACCGCAGACGCAGACAUGAAGGAUGAAGAGAACGAUGACGAGGACGAGGAUGAGAUUGAGGAAGAUGGCGGUGAUGAGGAAGCCGCGGAAUAUGUCCCCAAACGAUUCGUCGCUCAACGAGAAACUCCCGAUGGUCCCGAGAUUUUAGUAGAGUGGGAGGAUUGGCCAGACGAAAAGGAUUGGACUUGGGAGCCAGUGAGCAACCUCCAAGAGGACGCGCCAGAAAUGAUGAAGGCAUGGAAGGCUAGUCGGAAAGCAAAGAAAGUCUCCAAGGUCUUUGAAGUAGAGUCAAUUCUAGGUAAGCGCAAGACCAAAGGAGAGUGGCACUAUUUGGUUAGGUGGAAAGGGUUUUCGAAAGAGGAGGCUAAGUCGUUGGAACCUUGUGAGAAGCUUGCUGUUGAUGUUCCGGAGCUGGUUGAGGCUUUCGAGAAUCGCAAGUCGAAAAGGGGAAGGCCAAAGAAGGCAGCCAGUGCUUGAGGAUGUGCAUCAUUCGCGGAUGCUGAUUCAAUGUAAUAAUAAUGUACAGUAGCUUUUCAGGUGAAUGGACGUACCUUGCUUUCAACCACGUG